AUGCCACCAAAAAAACGUGGAGAACUCUCAUCAAAAGAGAGAGCAACAAUUGCAAAGUCAACAAAGAGCAUCAGUCUCGCAUCUAACCCUUUCGAAAAUAUUCAACAAAGUAGAAAAAAGGCCAUUAUGGGAGCAAAUAACACCCAAGUUCGACAAACAAGCAAGGCCAGAUCAAAUGACAUCAACGUUAGAAAAGAUACAUUGCUGAAGGAUUUUUGGAAGCAACAAAAACCUUCAAACAAAUUUGUGGAUAAGAGACAAUUAGCUUUUGAUAAAACCCUCAACAAGGUGGAUAAGAAGAGAAAGAAGUUUCAAAUCGGAGAUGAUGAUGAAGAUGAAAUGGAUACUAAUUUAAAAAGAACAAAAUUAUCUUCAUUCUCCACUCUAGGUGAUAUCGAUGAAAGUAUUGACAAGGAAUUAUUUAGGGAUGAUUACCAAACUGAUGAUAUUGAUUCUAGAUAUAGUACAAAGGAUGAAGUAUCAGUCCUUAGAAAUUUGAAAGGUAUAGGAAGAGGAGAAGUUUCUUCAACCUUUGGUUUUGAACAACAAAUAGAGAGAAAAUUAUCCAAGAGAGAGAGAAUGAAUUUAAGAAUUAGAGGAUUUAAAGAACGUAAAAUGGAACAAAAGAUGGAUAAGGAAGAUAACUUGAACAUGAUAGAACUUUUGGAUAACGAUGAAGAUCUUAUGGAAUUACUCAAAUCUGAUUCCACAAAGAAGGAAACCUCGAACACCAAUAAGCAAGACACCAAAAAAUCUCUCGAUUAUGAUAAAUUCUUGGACAUGAUCAAGAAGGGAGAAGAUAUUGAUUUGACUUCUAUUAGUGAAAAGAAGGAGGGUCAACAAUUAUUUGAAAAACAAACUAAACAGGAGGAAGGAGAAAGUUUAGAAGAGACUGAGUCAAGUGAUGAAAAAGAAACUGAAGACACAAGUGAAUCCUAUGCACAAGAUAGCUUCAUAGAUGAUACUAUUAUGAGUGACGAAAAUGAAGAAGAAAAUGAAGACAUUAUCAGUGAAGAAAAGGACGAAAAUAAUGCUGAAGAAAUCGAAGAAGAUUCUGCAUCCUCCCAACCAGAGGAAGAAGACAUUGAAAGUGAACAAGAAAAUGAUCAAGAUGGUGAAAAUUCCUAUAUCCAAGAUAGUUUUAUCAAUGAUGAACCAAUUUCUGGUGAUGAAGAAGAGCAAUUUGAAGAAGAAGAAGGUUUGGAAACAACAGAAAAAGAUUUAGAAGAACUUUCACAAUUAAUUUCUAACAAUUCAGACAAGAUACAAGAAAAAUUGAUUGAAACCAUUGAAAAGAAUGGACAGCCAGAAAAUGAAAAACUAUUCUUUACUAUUGUCACGUUGUUGGUAGAGCAAGUAGGAUUUGGAGAGUGGCUCUCCUCAAAGAGCAAAAUUAAUUUCAAUCUAUUGGUGAAUGAUCUUACUCAAGUUUUAUUCAAAUUAACUACCAAACAGCCUAAUACUGCCCAUGAUGUGUUCCACAUGUUCUUAUUGAGCACUUUCAAUAAGUAUGAAGUUUUAGAAGUUCCAAAUUUGGGUGAAUUAAUUGUUUUAAAGAUGAUUACUACAGUCUAUCCUCUUAAGGAAAGAAUCGAAAGUCCAAUACUUUCUCUCACCAAUUUAUUAAUCCAUCUCUAUUUGGAAAAAUCGAAACAAUUCUUAACAUCUCCCCUCAAUAUGCCAGCCAUUCUCUUUUUAACAUCUCUUUCAAUCAUUAUUGACAAGGAAUGCACUUUCUACUCCCCAGAUGUUGUCAAUACUCUCAAAGAAAUUAUAGCAAGAAGUGAAAAGAAACAAAAGAGUAACAAGAAAAAGACUGAGAAGAAGCCAAACUUGUUCAGAUCAAUUUAUGACUCAAAUGAGGAAUGUCAAUGUUUUGAAUGGGCAACACAUUUGCUUUCCAUCUAUAGUCAACACUUGGAAAAGAAUUUCUCAAAGAAAGUAUCAACAAAUGAUCACUUUAAGAAACUUUUGGAUAGUGAAGGAUUUUCCAGUAUUAGUAGAGACCAUAUUGAAAACUUUAAUAUCAUAUUCGAGGGUAUUAAAUUGAAUGAAAAACCAAUUCAAAUCGAUGAAGUUAAAUCAGAAAUUAAUUACAAAACAAAGAAACCAAAAGCAAUCGCUCAGUUUGAGCCACUCCUAUUUGGUGAUAAGAAUGGAUCAAUUGAUUCCAUGAAGAGUAAAUACACUGAUGAAAAUCCUGAGCAAACUAAAAUCAAGACAUUAAAGAAGAAGAUUGCAAAAGAAAAACGUAAGGCCAUAUCAGAAUUGAGAAAGGACAAUCAAUUUAUCAGAUCUGCCAGGGAACAAGUGGCAGCUGAAGAAGCACACCAAAGAAAGCAAAAGUAUAAGAAUGUCAUUGAUACUCUCAGAAGUGAAAGAAUGGAACAAAAUCAAAUCGAUAGAAAGAAUAGAGAUAUUGAAAAGAUGAAGAAGGAUAUGAGAACAACCAGAAAGAAUGUCGGAAAACAAUCAGUAAGUGCUGUUUCCAAAAAUAAAUAA